GUGGUGAGUGGUAUAUACGACAAAUUAAUGAACGGAAAGUUUAGUUUGAAUGAACCGAUUUCAUUGGCAAAACAACAGGCGGGUGCGAUUGUGUUCAUUGCAAUUGGUGUGAUACUCAUCAUUGGUGUACCUAUAUCGGGAAUCAUCUUCUGUUGUGUACGCUCCUGCGGUGGCUGCGGAGCGAAGAGAAAACACAAACCAUCGAAAUGUGCACUGUCCAUUUGGUUGUCAAUGUUGACUGUUGCAUUACUGUUUCUCAUUGUAGCAGCGGCAGUGUAUCCAACUGCAUGCCAGGAUAUAGUUGAUAAUGCAGAUGGUGUUUUGAAUAUGACGAAUGACAUAACAGAUGAUAUUGCAAAUGUUCUAACGACUGCGGCUGAUAAUAUCACUUGUGAGAUGAAUGAAGCGAUCGGUUCGUUUUUCGACGAUGUCAGUGGAAUCAUAAACCGUAUUCCGGACAAGAUAUUCAAUGGAUUCGAGGACAAAUACGGUUAUAAUAAAAUGAAACAGAUUUUAAAUGAAUCCUCGAAUACAACUCCAAAGUUCGUCGCGGCCAGUGUUGCUGUCUCUAAUGCUUCAUCAAAAAUCGAAGAACUGAGAAAAGAAAGUUGGACUCAUCAUGCUCCAAAAAAUUUGAGUCAGAUUGAAUUGGGGGCAGUGAUUAAGGUGCUUCAAGGUGUUAAUAAGUCUCUUAUGUUGGUCAGUGAGCGUUUCAACGAUGUUCAUAAUCAGUUGGAUAGAACGUUUCAUGAUGUCGAUAAUCAUAUACUGGAAGCAAAAAAUCAGGUGAACAAUUCAAUCCAAUCAGCUGACAGCUCACUUCAGCGAGCUCAUCAUGAUUUUGAUGAUGUUACAAGAUCAGUGCGCAAAACUGUUGAUGAUAUAAAAUCUCAGUUGUAUCGACAAAAUGAACAGAUUUCUAUAGCUUAUCGCCAAAAUGCUCAAUCGAUAUUAUCAAAGAGUGGUGUAGUUCCAGGCCUUAAAGCAAUUGUGCUUAUUCCGUGCUUACUGGUUAUUAUACCAGCUCUAAUUACAAUCCUCUGUGGUAUUCUUCAACUCCCAAUGAAUGAUUCGAGUCCAUCGAAGCGUUCGGUGAUUUUUGCUGUUGGUGGUUGUAUAGCGAUGACGGGAGUAUUUUUCGGAUUUAUGCUGAGUUGGAUCGUCAGUGUGGUUGCAACUUUUUCAUUUGUUGGCAGCUAUGGUAUAGGGAUGGUAUGUGAACCACUGUUCUAUGAUCCGCAAAUGCGAAUUUUCACCGACAUAUCGUUUUUCAAUUUCGAUGUUCCUCCGAUAACCAGCAAUAAGUCAAUAACCAUUAAUUUUGGCGAAGUAAUGAAGAGUUGUGCCAAUCAUUCGAGCAUCUUCAAUGCACUUCACGGUGAAUCCUUAUUGGAUACUUCGUAUAUAGUGAAACAAGCAAAUUUAGGAAAGUAUAAAGAUGAAGCAAUGAUGAAUUUCAACCUCGAUUAUACAUUCAAUGAUUCAAAAACAUUGUCACUCAAUGAAACCACAGUGAAGUUGAGUACAGUAAUCGGUAACAUUCCUACUACACUGAAUACAACAAGAAGUGCAGCUCGUAGUAAUAAAACCCAUCUCAAUCAAACCGCUAUUGCGGAAGAAAAGCUGAACAAAACGAAAUCAGCAAUUGACGAUGUUGUGUCAAGCAUGCAAGUAACAAUCGAUCAAGUUCAAGAGAUUAUCUAUAAUGCUACAGCAUCGGGCAAUUUUACUGCCAAAGGUCGGGAGGUAAUUGGGGAUGUAUUUGACGAAACGAUUGCAAACGUGGUAAACAAAGUUUACAGCUCGAAGGAUACACUUCUAACGCAUACGUUUGAUUGCUAUCCAAUGAACGCAUUGUGGAAAAAAAUUGGCAAUGAAUUAUGCGAUGUGGUUAUAAUGCCAAUGAAUGGAAUUUGGACUUCUGCUGGUUUGGCCUCACUCUUCAUAAUUGUUUCAAUUGCUGCUCUUACGUUAACGGCCAAAUAUCUGCAACGGAUGAACCCUGCAUACGAUCGACAGCCAAUGGUAACGGAACCAUUCCAGGCGGCGUCAAAAUAUGCGGUGCGUUUUUGA